AUGAACCGUCCAGUUUCAACAACAAAUAUAAAUUUUAAUAAUUCUGGCUCGAAUAUGCAACAAAGUACAUUUAAAAUAAUGUUACUGGGUGAUAGUGGUGUUGGUAAAACAUGUUUAUUAGUACGUUUUAAAGAUGAUACAUUUUUAUGUGGCAGCUUUAUUGCAACUGUUGGUAUUGAUUUCCGUAAUAAAACUAUUGUGAUCAAUAAUAAACAAGUGAAAUUACAAAUUUAUGAUACAGCUGGUCAAGAACGUUUUCGUUCUGUAGCACAUUCAUAUUAUCGUGAUGCCAAUGCACUUUUACUACUAUAUGAUGUAGCAUCGAUAAUAAGUUUUAAUCACGUUCGUGAUUGGUUAAGUGAAAUUCGAGAAUAUGCUCAGUCAGACGUAAUUAUUAUACUAAUAGCAAACAAAGUUGAUAAAGCUAAUGAACGUGUUGUCACACGUGAAAUGGGUGAAAAAUUAGCAAAAGAAUAUGAAGUAUCAUAUAUUGAAACAUCAGCUAAAACAGGUUUAAAUGUUGAAUUCUGUUUUAAAGCUGUUAGUCAAGCAUUACUUGAACAAGUAGAUGCAACAACAACAACAACAACAGCGAAUGGACAAACUGCCUCAAAAACAUUAAAUAAUCUUGUACAAUUGAAUGAUCGAACAUCAAAUCGUAGUUCAUGUUGUUCAUUUUCAUAG